UCUAUAUAUAUAUAUAUACACACACGUAUACACACUGAUAUUAUAAACAAGAUCACCGCAUUCUCUUCUUAAACCCCAUUAAUCCUUUUCAGUUUUUGUUUUUUUUUUUGUGUGGGAAAAUUGCUGCAAUGAAGGUUCAUAACCUCUAUGCUCUCUUACUACUGCUUCUUCUGAUCUCUGAAGUUCGUUUGAAUUUCGCGUCCGAUCGGAGAGGAACAAGAUUAGAGUCGGAGCGAUUUCACGGCGACUUUCCGGCGACGAGAGACAGGAAAAUGAUGGUGAAGACGGAGACUGAUUAUCUGGGAGAUUAUUAUGAUGAUGGAUCAUCAUCAUCAUCAUCAUCGCCACCAGCUCCUGACUAUGAUGAUUUCUAUAGAAGGCAAGGUGACGUUCCAAGUCCUGGCAUUGGCCACUGAAGAUGCAAGCGUACACCGUGUACAUAUUACACGAUAUCUUUUUCACGUACGCACGUAUACAUGCAUACAUACAAAAUUUUCAUAUAUACGUAUAUAUUACAUGCACGCAUGUGGUAUCAUGGUAUAUUAUAUGUUUGUCCCGUGAGGUUUCCGAGUUUGUGUUGUUUUGUUUAUUUAUUAAUUAUAUUUGUUUUUGUA